AUGCCGCGCUCCUUCCUAGUGGACUCGCUGGUGCUGCGCGAGGCCGGUGAGAAGAAGGCGCCCGAGGGCAGCCCGCCGCCGCUCUUUCCCUACGCGGUGCCCCCGCCGCACGCGCUGCACGGCCUCUCGCCUGGCGCCUGCCACGCGCGCAAGGCCGGGCUGCUGUGCGUGUGCCCGCUCUGCGUCACCGCCUCGCAGCUGCACGGUCCCCCCGGGCCGCCCGCGCUGCCGCUGCUCAAGGCGUCCUUCCCGCCCUUCCGCUCGCAGUACUGCCACGCACCCCUGGGCCGUCAGCACUCUGCCGUGUCGCCUGGGGUUGCUCAUGGCCCGGCCGCCGCAGCCGCGGCCGCUGCUCUCUACCAGACCUCCUACCCGCUACCGGACCCCAGACAAUUCCAUUGCAUCUCUGUCGACAGCAGCUCCAACCCGCUACCCAGCAGCAAGAGGAUGCGCACCGCCUUCACCAGCACGCAGCUGCUGGAGCUGGAGCGCGAGUUCGCCUCCAACAUGUACCUGUCACGCCUGCGCCGCAUCGAGAUCGCGACCUACCUGAAUCUGUCGGAAAAACAGGUGAAGAUCUGGUUCCAGAACCGCCGGGUGAAACACAAGAAGGAGGGCAAGGGCAACAACCACCGCGGAGGCGGCGGCGGAGGCGGCGGCGGCGGCGGCGGCAGCGGCAGCGGCGGCGCCGGGGCUGGCGGGAGCGUGCCGCAAGGCUGCAAGUGCGCUGCGCUCUCCUCCGCCAAGUGCUCCGAGGAUGACGACGAAUUGCCCAUGUCUCCAUCCUCCUCUGCGAAGGACGACCGAGGUCUCACGGUCACUCCCUAGGCGCGCGCUUCCCUAGGUUGCCCACCCCCACGUCCUCCCUGCGCCUCAAAAACUGGCCCCGGGGCGAAGCGCUGGUUCCCUCCACCCACUGCCAAACG